AUGGUGGUAGUUCAGCCGUUUGCCGUGGAGCAGUGGAUGGACGAGUAUGAGACGACGGCCAAGUAUAACAUAGCAGAGACCUGCUCUGCUUCCAUCUCUCUAGAUGACCUCAGUGCUCUCGCAGGAGACAGCAGGCCCCAGAACCUGGUCAACGCCUCUACAAAGCUGGGAUACGGUGCCAUCCGAGGAUCAGAGGAACUACGCUCGAACAUCGCUGAACUUUACUCCGGAAGCUGCCGGGAGCCAUCGUCUGAGAAUGUAUUGAUCACACCAGGUGCCAUCAACGCCAACUUUCUUGUGCUGUACACCUUGGUCCACGCUGGGGAUCAUGUCAUCUGCCACUAUCCGACUUACCAGCAGCUAUACUCUGUACCAGAGUCGCUCGGUGCAGAAGUCACUCUCUGGCAGACCAAGAUAGGCAACGGCUGGGAGCUGAAUGUGGAUGAACUGAGAGCCCUCAUUAAGGAAAACACCAAAUUCAUCAUUCUCAAGUCUGUCUCUUUUGUCCCUUUUUUUCUGAGUGCUAAUAACUCGAUAUCAAUGACUGACCGUGAUAGCAACCCUCAAAACCCCACUGGGAAAACCAUCCCGGCAAAGGAUCUGCAGGAUAUCAUCAACAUAGCUAAAGAAAGAAACAUCUAUGUUUUCUGCGAUGAAGUAUACAGACCACUAUUUCACUCUCUUGACGACAGCCCCCCAUCUGCAUACUCUCUAGGAUACGACAGAACCAUAGUCACCGGCUCGGCGUCCAAGGCCUAUUCCCUCGCCGGUAUCAGGGUAGGAUGGAUCAUCGCGAGCAAAGAUAUCAUUGAUAAAUGUCUCCAUGCUCGUGACUACACCACCAUAUCCGUCAGCCAGCUAGAUGAUAAAGUAGCUUCGUUUGCACUGAGCCAGAAGUGUGUAUCAAACUUACUUGCCAGGAAUAUGAAGCUAGCAAGACAUAAUCUUGACAUCCUCGCGUCGUUUGUGGAUGAAUUCUCAUCUGUGUGUGACUGGCACAGACCCCUGGCUGGCACCACGGCGUUUGUGAGGUUUUCUAAAGAUGGGGUACCGGUUGAUGAUGUCAGGCUGUGCAAGCUUGUGUUUGAUAAGGUCGGGGUGAUGUUUGUGCCUGGUGGACAUUGUUUUGGUCCUGAGUUUAAGGGGUUCGUGAGGAUCGGGUAUGUGUGUGAGACGAAGGAUUUGGAAGAUGGCCUGGCGCAGCUGAGGGUUUUUAUGAAAGAUGGGUUUUCGGAGGUUUAG